AUGAGGAUCACCGCAUGGCAACAGCAACAGAGAAGCAACCCGACACCACAUGGUAGCAAGAGUAGCAGUAGCCAAGACGAGUGUCAAGUCAGCGUACGACUGGAAACGCUAGCAUCAGUCAGCAAGGAGUUCUACGAGGUUCGGGAACGAAUUGAGCUGUUGAUGGACGAUGUUGAUGAUGCUGAUGCGGACGAGGAAACGCAGGAGAAGGAAAAUCUGCUAGCUUUGAGUAGUUUCGAGGAGCGAUAUUACUCCGUGAAGGCCAGUUUGUUGUCAAAGCAGACCCCACUAUCAUCUACAUCGAUGUCUGUCGGAAAUGGUCAACUUGGUGACCGAUCCGAAGCAUCAUUCUCGAAGGUGAAACUUCCAGAAAUUCGCCUUCCUUCGUUCGGUGGGAGGAUUAAGGAGUGGGUUACGUUCCGGGAUAGCUUCUGCAGCCUGAUCCACGAAAACAAGCACCUAACCGAUAUGGACAGGUUCAGCUAUCUGAAGUCAGCCCUGUCAGGAGAGGCCCUGCAAGAGAUCGAGUCGGUGGAGCUUUCGGCAGUGAAUUACAGCGUAGCGUGGAAGGCGCUUGAGUCCCGCUACGAGAACAAGAAGCUGAUUGUGAAGGCACAUCCGGAUUCCCUUUUUGCCGUGGAAGGCUUGAAGCGAGAAAGCUACGACGGACUGAGCAAUCUCAUCAGCGCUUUCGAGAAGAACGUGCAAAUGCUAAAGAAGAUCGGCGAAGAAACUGCUGCAUGGAGUACGAUUCUCGCAUACAUGGUGUAUUCCCGGCUGGAUACUGCCACUCUACGGCAGUGGGAAACACACCACAAUUCAAAGGGUGUACCGACGUACGAAAACCUUGAUAAGUUUCCUUCGAAAUCAUUGUGCAGUGCUGCAAUCCGUCGCCCCAACGAAGCCGAGCCAGUCUGA